UCAAGUAGAGUGAAGUGUGUUCUAUCCUUUGGAAAAUGGUGGUUUUGUAUUAAACAUGGCGAAUAUAGCAAGUCCUUUACCUUAUAUUACUAAAAGAGAAUAUGGUCUUGUAAAUAAUCUGAAAUCUCAAUUAUUUAAUAAACGGCUGAAUGCGGCUAAAAACUUGUAUCGGCGUGAUUUAGUGUGUCAUUUUGGAUGUGUAAAUGCAAUUGAAUUUUCUAGCAAUGGCGAGUUAUUCGUAUCAGGUGGAGAUGACAGGCGGGUGAUGGUCUGGCAAUUUGGACAGGCCAUUCUAGAACAUGGAAAGCCUGAACCAAUGAAAGCAUUACAUCAAUCAAAUAUAUUCUGCCUGGGUGUCACAUCAGAUAACCAAAAGAUAUAUUCAGGAGGCAAUGAUGAUAUUGUAAUAGUCCACGAUGUAGAAAGCAAACAUCCAGUAGAGGUUUUACAACACCAGCGAGCUGUGUGCAGUCUGAGCAUUGACCCUUUUAAUGAACGUGUAGUCACUACUGCUGGAAAUGAUGGAAGGUUGCUACUAUUUGACACCAGGCAGUCUGUACAUGAAUCACUAGUGAUAUCACGCAGUCGGAGAGCAUUUCAUGGUGUAAUGUUUCACCCGCAACAAGUCGGAAUGCUUGUAUCCGCCAAUGCAAGAGACGGCGUUGCACUAUGGGACUUAAGAUCUCCUAAACAUCCCGUGAUCCGCUAUGUGGGCAACAGUGGCUCCUGCCAGAACAGCAUGAGUGUCCGCAUCAAUCAAACCGGCACGCAUGUGCUCGCCCUCCGGCGGCGCCUGCCCCCCGUGCUGUACGCCGUGCACUCCCCGGAGCCGGUGGCCGAGUUCUACCACCAGGAUUACUACAACUCGUGUACGAUGAAGAGUUGCUGUUUCGCGGGGAGGGGUGAUCAGUUCGUGUUAUCAGGAUCUGAUGAUUUCAACCUGUACAUGUGGAAAAUACCAGAUACGGGAGGCGGUGUUGAUUUGGUGGUUGAGCCGCCACACAUUGUUUUGUACGGACAUCGGUCAAUUGUGAAUCAAGUUCGAUAUAACUCGAAUUAUUGUCUCAUCGCGUCAUCGGGAGUAGAGAAAAUUAUAAAGAUCUGGUCUGCACUGGAGUACCCGCAGAUGCGCGGCGCUCUGCUGGAGGAGGCCCAGGGCUCUGACAACCCGCGCGAGAUAUAUAGCCACGAAGAUUACGUUUCGCUCGUCCAUCACAGUGGACAGUAUCUAUCCCACAACUAUGCUGAACAAUCGACAAGCGAGGAUCCACGCAUGAUGGCGUUCUUCGAUUCAUUAGUUCAGCGGGAACUGGAGUGUCUCGCUGAGGAGACGGAUUCCCUCGACGAAUCCAGUUCUGGUUCAGUAAACGGGAACGUUUCCGAUACGAGUGAUAGCGAUCACAUCGUAGCAGACUUCUUGCCCUUACCACCCAAAAGAGUAACUCCAAACGGGAGUCGAAGCCAACGGUGCCCAAAUAGACUCGCGCGACUUGUCGCGUCGAGAUAUCCAAAGAACAUCCGAUCUCAAAAACGGGGUUCCCUUAGGCGAAACAAGCAGUCGCGCACGUGCGUGAGCAAGUCGAGCGCGAAGGGCAAGCGCGCGGCGCCGAGACGCGCCCGCGGCCCGCGCCGCGCCCCGCCCCGCGCGCCGCCCCGCGCGCCCCCCGCCGCGCGCCGCUCCGCGCCCUCCAGCGAGCGCACCGACUCCGACGAGCCCGCGCACUGCCUCUACCGGAACACGGGCCGGAUCAUCCGGCCACUCAGAAGAAGAAUGAACACCACAAGGAGUACAAAGAGGAAAAGUAAAGUCACUAGUUAUAGGAAAGUUAUGAAUUUAAGAAAUAAUAGUAAUAUGGCUCAAGAUAGUAGUGAUAACAAUAAUUUUUCCAACUUUGACAACUAUGAAGAUAAUUUAGCUUUACCUAGCACAAGUACAGGUUAUAGAGGCCAAAGCAAUUCAGCACUAUUUCGUAUUGCCGAGGUAGAUUCAGAUGACGACCAGUCAGUUGGCAGUCGACCAAUCUCGCCCAGUAAUCAAAAUGGCAAUCAAAACAUUCCUACGAAUUUAAUUAGCAUCGUACCAACACCGAUUAAUGGCUCCCGAGAUUCUCUCAGCGACUCAUUAAGGGUUGGACCGCCAGAAUCUGAGAGCAAUAAUUCAUCUCCUGUCCAUGAAAGUCGAACGCGAAUGAAUUUGAGGAGAGUUAGAAGAAACGGUAGACUCAGUAUUCAACGUUCCGAUUCAAGCGAGUCGCCACCACCGAAAGAUUAUACGGAGAAUAAUUUCACAAUAAUGGAUAGAUUAUCACCAAAGGUUGGAUACAACAGGACUGUGGCGAGGCUAAUGAACGAGACCAACGAAAGUGAAUUUGAAAGCAAUUGUAGCACCGAAAGCAGUUUGUGGCAGGCUCCGAACAAUAUUGGAACCCCUGACAGCGGUGUAGGCACCGUUGCGGGCAGCAGCACCAGGAACAACCAACCCCCAGCGGAUGAUGUGUCCGACGAUCCAGAAUAUCAAGCGCACAAGUUCCGACAACGCGUUAAAAAGGCUCGUCGUAAUUAUAGGAAUCACAUGGAUUCAGAUUCAAAUUGAUCUAAUUAUAAAGAUAUACAUAUUCCAUUUUAUUAUAAAUUGAACAGAUGGUAAAUGAAUAUAUAUAAAAGCAGUAAAUAUCGGAAAUAUUAUAUUUUUUAAAUUAUUAAAUGAUC